UGCCAACACUGGCCGCCAGAAACAAAAAUACCGGUCAAAGCGUGCCGCCAGUUGUUUUGAUUUUGCGGUUACAUGUUAUGAAAUAAAGACAAGUAAAAAAUGCUGUUAUCCUUGAAGUGCACAACGAGGACCUUGGUGCCAAGACUGCACCGCUUCACAAGCAAAAUUGCUGUUGAUGUGGAACCGGCGGUUGUCACCGGUCUGGAACAGGCCACCAUUAAGCCAAGGAAACAUCCUGGUGUAGUGAAGCCUAAUCAUGUGGAGCUACCAAAACAGUUGAGUGACACCCUUAAACGCAUUGUGGGCGACCAUCCCGUAAAGAAAGUAAUCCACGACGGCCAGCAGCUCAACUCCUACAUCAAAUCACGGCACCCGCCGCCCUCGCACGAGGAGAUUGAGAACAAAAAGCGGAUUAUCAUCGAUGAAGUGAAUGCAAAGAUGCCGCUGGACCGGCUGGCUACAUUGAGCGAGGAGGAGGCGACGCGGUGGAAGCGAAAGAGGGAGCUGGAGAUCAACAAGCGGCUGGCCCAACGCCUCUACGCCUGGCGACGCAUCGAGUACGGUACCUACGAAGCCAUUGUCUAUGCCGUUGCCCGCGGUGCCCAAGAGUACGCAGUAAUGAAGCGUGUGCUCACCGAGUUGGCCCAGAGGGACGAGCAGUUCCGUCCGCGCAGCUUCUUCGACUUCGGAUCGGGCGUCGGUACUGGGAUGUGGGUGGCCAGCGAACUUUGGCGCGAUCAGAUCUUCGAGUAUUACAACGUGGACAGGUCUAGGGAGAUGAACGAGAUUUCUGAGUUGAUUUUGCGGGAUGGCCACGAGAACAAGCAAAUACCCUUGCGCAACGUGUACUACAGACAAUUCCUACCCGCCAUUGAAACCAAGUAUGAUUUGGUGAUAAUUUCCCACACGCUCUUCGAGAUGGCAGACCAAGAGCAGCGCCAGGAGGUUCUACUGAAUCUGUGGCGCAAGUGCGAUGGCUACAUGGUCAUAGCGGAGGAGGGAACGCGUCGUGGCAGCGAGUUGGUCAACGAGGCCAGGCGAUUUCUGUUGGAACAGGACGACGAGGGUCAUACACUGGCGCCGUGUCCCCAUGAUGUGGCCUGUCCACGUCUUAAGGAUCUGGCUGAUCGCACACCCUGCAAUUUUCCUAUUUCCUACGCUCCCCUUCGAUUGGGCAGCGACUCUAUGGCGGACCGUCACACCUCCUUGUAUAGCUAUGCCAUCCUGAAAAAGGGUCCCCCAUCGGAUAGUUCCCGUUCUUGGCCACGGAUUGUGCGGCCCACUCUGGUGCGUUCGAAGCAUGCAAUCUGUAGGGUUUGUACGGAAAAAGGCAAUCUACAAGAAGUCAUUUUCACCAAGUCCAAGCAUGGAAAAUCCGCCUACAGUUGUGCGAAAGUCAGUCGCUGGGGCGAUCGCCUGCCCAUGGCGCUGGGACAGCCGCAGGUCAAGCCCGGCUCCACAGAAUCAACUUUGGACGACUUGGCGUAGCUUAAACAGGUGCAAUCGAUAUGUGAGGCAUAAAGUUACGCCCAGCCCAGGCAGAGGCUAAUUGAUACUAAAAACUGGCAUCCAAUUAGUCGAUUUAAUUAUGUGCAAACAAAUCGUUUCGGGCGGAGCUGAAAUUAAUUAAAUAGUUGCAUUUAAAUUAACCAUACAACCCAAAUGGCAGAGCCGCAUGCUCAUUGAUACUAAAUUUCGUUCAACGGCCAACACACCCUCACCUAGAUUUUAAUGUAUGGCAAGACUAAAGGCGGAUGCGGCCGCGAAUGGGCUGGCCCCCGCCGUUUGUGGGAUCAGCUUGUUAUGUAAUGUCAUCGGUAUAUAGGCUGCCCAGUGAGCUAAUGUGUUUGCAGAGGAGGGUUUGGAAGGACUCUAAGGUAAACAGUGAGGUGUGGCAUCACUUUUCAAAAGUGUCUUUAAUUUCCAGCACUUCUCUUAAAUCAUGUGCUCAAGUAAAU